UGGAUAAGUGGAUGUUGAUAGUAUUUCGUAAAUCAGCACGCGCAUCGUCUGUUGUGUGUCCUUUUCUCUGUGCAGCGUUCGGCAAACGUACAAAGGUAGCAUCAUCUCACGUGAGUUUAGUUUACUUCGCUAGCGAAGGAUUGUGCCGUUCCGUGGGCUGCUGCCAGCAGUGAAUCCUACUUUGUAGGUGUUAGCACUCGAAAGUGGCCACCGAACUGGCCGAGUGCGAAUCGCGACAAUAAACUUCGAAGUAAAAGUGUAAGAGUAUGGCUGCCGCUCUGGCGGGGGGCCUUUCCGUUGUCUCCGCACUGGUGCAAUAGCUUGCCCUAUAGGUCUGCUGUGUACCAUUUCGGACACCAUGAGAGGUUAAACGAAACGCAAACGAUUUCGAGCUGUUUCGAGUUUUGCUUACCGCCUCGUUUCUGGAACUACCGGCCACCAUCCGCCGGCUGACAAACGAAGCACUUCCGCACUUAGUUCGGUCCGUCCCACCGUUCGAAGCUCUAAACGUCGAGUGGAACACAAAACGUCGAUCACCAAGUUUUACUGCAACACGAUGAGUGAAAAUUCGGCCUCACGAAACCUCAGCUCUUCCGUAGGAGCAUCAGGCGGCGGCGCUGGAGGAGGCAGUGGUAGUCACUUGACACCGUGUGUUGGUGGUGCUGCCGGUGGUGGCCUGCACCAUGAGGGCAGCACGGAAGAUAUCGAACGGCAGCUAAAAGCGUUGGGUGAUCUAAGCGAUUCCGAUUCGGAGUCCCUGGACGAACUGGAAGGCUGCGACUUGAACGAGCCUGCCGAUAGCGCAGAUCCACCCCUAGAUGUCACCAUCCGGUAUACCAUCUGUUUGUUCUGCAAGAAACCCUUCCAACUGAAGAAGGAACUGAAGAAGCACCUGUUCGAGCACAUGAAAAACUUGAAACCAAUGAAAGAGAAAAAAAUCGUGGAGAAAAAGUUCAAAUGUCACAAGUGCUUCAAGACAUACACAGAGAAGGCCCGGGCGGAGAAGCACAUGACUAAGUGCAAGAAGGUCACGAAGCUGCUGCUAGACAUGAACAAUACUGGCGAAGGUCGAAUAAUGGGCGGCAGUGAAUAUGAGGCCGCUGUGAGCGAAAAAAGCAGCAAGAGCAACAUGAAAGGUGGUAAGUUCCGCGAACCUACCUCACCGCGAUCGCUCGUGUUCGAUCCGGAGGCAGCGGAUAGUGACGAGCGGUGGACGGACGAGCGAAGGGAGCGCAACCAGGUGGUACAUUUCGACGAGCGAACGACGAAAGGUGGUACCGGUAGCUCAGACGAAUCGCCAAGCUCGCCUGGGACUGGCGCUGGCCACUUUCAGAAAUGUUCGUAGAGUCACAACCAUCGACUCGGUGUAGGAUGUGCAAAGAUCGCUCGCAAACCCGCACACGCGCGAUCGUUUUGGGUCAUUGGACCAUGCGGAAUAAUGUACAGCCAGUCUCGUGUUCCUUAGUUGAAUUUCCGCUCAUCGAAAUGACCACUUUUGCGCUGUUUACAACGGCUUUUUGAAGAAAAUGGACUUGUGCUCGGCAGUGAGCUAAAAUCUUAGUUCCAGUUGUUUGUGGAAUAUGUCAACGAAUUCAGCAGUCCAAGAUAGUUUCUCUUUCCCAUCGAAUAAGCCAUGGUUCGUAUGUACUUGAAUUGGAAGUUCGUUUGUGCAAUGCAAUUCAAUAAAUAAUGAAUCAUUUUGUUGGCACUUUUUCGCAUGGCUUUACACUUUUCAACUGUAUGCUACUGUAUGUAGUUCUAACGUUCUAACUAUAAACGAAUUGGGAGCUUCUCCGUCGUCAGAAUACGAUGUGUUGAUGAAUCAAACGAAAACAUAUACUUAAUUCCGUACGCUGAGCCCGGAAGGUAUGCCAAUGAAGCACAAACAGAAGGGCGACAGAAUGCGACUUCGAGGAAAAGAUGAACAUUGUUCCACAACUAAUACUUUAACUUAUUUGCUAUCACCUACAAAACAUGGUAAUGUGAAGAUUCACGGAAACGACGUUGAAACAUUAAUAUUAUAUUCAUUUGAAUGUUAAGCAUUGUGAUACUUGCCACAUACUAUUAAUUGCAUUCUCCUAAAUACAUACAUGCAUACUAAUCUGUAUAUAGUUAGAUACUUAUGUAAUUUUAUACAAAAUAUUAUAAUUUUAUCAUGGUUGAUGUAGCGUUAAGUUUACGGCUUAAGUUUUAGAUAUACGUUAAACACACAUACAGUGAAUAAUAUCGCGUUUUGCUCUUAAAAUUGCUUCGUUUAACGUCUUAUGCUUUCUUCAUUCAAGUGUUUUUAAAGUAUCUUCUUUCAUUUCGGCACUACAGAACACUUUCAUUGCAUACACUUUUUUAAUCCUGAUAAAAGCUACAGUAAGAAUGGGCUGUGCAUAUCGACACGGUUCUUAGUGAAUUGAAACGAUGAUUAUUUGAAUGAAGAAAGCAUUCUUUCUACUUUUCAGAAUUCAUUGAUAUCUAGUUCAAAAAAUUUCCACUACUAAUGCACUUUAUUCCUAACUAACAAGUGACAGGCCGCUGUGCGAAGUACCGUUUUACGAACGUUGUAGGUUUUGCUUCGUUUCUUACACUUCAUUAGUUUGCGCUUAACAUUAAACUGGAAACUCAUGUCCACAACCCAGUGGCCUAGUGUGCUACAAAGUUUUGGCACUAUAAUAACAACAUUAACAUCGAUUUUGUCAUUACUUUUGGUUUCGUAAUUACUGAUUAAACAACAUAUAGAAACAAUUUACCACUAACCAAACCAAUCUCUUUUCAAUAUUUGCCAUGAAUCGAAUUUCGAUUCAACUAUAUACACCCGGUUGCAAUCGAAUGUCUCCGUACAUCUUUCAUAGUUUAAACAACAUUUUGUAAACCAUAUUCAGAUUUUAGUAUUCAAUCGUAAUCGGUCAAAUAAAUCGUCCAUGUGGUUCAAAAACAGUCUUUGUAUGAAGACACAAAUAAAUUGGCUUAUACUAUAUCUCUUUCCUCCCACACAAUCAUGAUAAUGGAAGAAUGUACUUUGUCCGUCAAGCGAUGCUGCUUACUACAGCAGUUUCAAUUUAAGAGAUGUCUAGGAGAAAAUGAAUCAGGAAACAAUCGAAUAUGCAGAGAACGGGAGAUAAGUUAUGACUAUACAAUAAUUAUAACAUUAUAUUGUUAAAACUUUUCCGACUCCAUGUGCGAUCAUAUAUGAAAAAUUAAAUAUCAAUCGAUAAAUCAGAUCAGAACAAUAGAAACAAGCAGUAACUAUCAAACAAACAAAAGACUUGUCGUUAGUAGUGAACAAUGUGAAACGUUUAUAAAAAACUACAAAAAAGCAUACAUAAAAAUCGAGACAAACGAUACUAUGAACCUCAUCCGCGAGCAAGACAAAAGGACCUCGCACAGAGGAGACAAGAAAAAAAAUAAACCAGGAAGAUCGUUGUAGGGCAUAAUGGAAAAUGCUAAUAUUUAAAGCUAGUGUUGGGUGCAUCAGGAUAAAUGGCCGACGGUAGUGAGGUGUUAUCGUACAUGUUGUGAUCGUCAUUGUUCUUCUAGGAGUCCGAGUCUUCUCCAACGCAAAAGAUGCAUAGUUGGUAGCGUGAAUGUAUGUAUGCAUAUUUCUGAGUGUCUAAAUUUGUGCAUCAGAUGCAUAUGACAAAUUAGCAGCAGCGCAGUAUUCGCUAUUCGGUAUAGUUUUGGUUUUAGAACACUUUGAGCAAUAUGAAAUCAUCUUCUUACAUCGCAUUCAAUUUAGUAACUUCAAUCUAAGGCUAAGCUUAUAGACAAUCUUCAGAUAUUGUUUCAUAUACGCCUUGGCCAAAGCAAACUGCCCAACAUUAAACAAACACAUGCGAAUCGCUAACCUUCCUUUGCUUUCUCUUUUCUGUUGUAAAACUAUGCUUAGGCAUUGUAGCAGCACAAGUUUUGCUUUGUCCUGUGAUGUGUAGUCAACAUCGAAAUGCGCAUUAUAGUCCCAAUAGAGAUCAACGAAAAUGCAAAAAAUAAGACAAGCCAAAUCAAAUAAACCACUACUUAAUGGACAUUUCUUUUGACUCUAUUAAUAAGAGUUGUUGUGACGGCAAACCAAAAAAUCUGUUAACCGUUACCUAAUGGCUCGUCACCAUCGGAAUCUAUCCCUAUUGUUGGGUUUCUAAGUCAAUGCCCGGCUCUGAGUUACUUCGGUUGUAUGUGCGUGAGCGUUCGUGUGAAUGAUUAGGCAGAUAAGUAACAUCACAUGGCAGGAAUCAAUUCGAGAGGCAAGAAGAAUAUACGUUUUAAUCCUUGGACUUUCGUAAUGCUGGCAGAGUGGCAUGCGUCACUCUCUACCGAACGAAACGGAAUCAAAACUAUACGAGAACAAUGCAAAUGUGCUACUACUGUAAGUUAAAAGACGGGUCGUGGGUUUCCCCUGAAACAGAAAAGCAAAUUAAUAAGUGGCUUCUGGAGCGCUAAGUAGAAAAUGUCAGUUAGCGAGUAAAAUGAAAACAAAUACAGUAACGAGCAACAUAAAUGUUUGACACAAACGUGAACAGACGGAGGUGUGAAAUGGAGUGUGGUUGAGUAUGUUUCGCGUAUCCCCGUGCAAGUAGGGCUAGUAAGUGAAGGUUUAUUUGAGGGAAUUUAUGAAAUAUUGUUGAUGAUGACGAUUUUGGAAAAUCCAUAUUUAGUACCAUAGAAUCUGUAAGAUGUAAGAAUAUUAUACAACAUAAGCUAAUAAGCCGAACGGAUGUGUGGCCGGACAUCCGAAGACAGCGUUUUGGAAUUAACGCUCAGCAACAGGCGAAGGACUGCUUCAGAAGAGCCAAACGCAUCCAGCAACAUUAUUAUAGCGCAAUAGACAACAGACCGUAGUAGUCGACUGUCGACCAUGCGUGUGUGUAUUAACGCUACAGUACUGCAAACAACAUCAUUUCCCGUGCAAGGUGAAUUCUAAUUAAUGUGAAACUACUUUUCUCGAAUGUAUUUCAAAUAAUAAAACA